GCGUCAAUAGUAGUCGGUAGCAGUUCGAGGAACAUUCUCGCCAAUACACCCGGAGAAAUUUAUGCAUCGUUAAAUUGCCAAUCAGACAAAUUGAAUCGUAGCUGCUCAUUAGCUUUUUGCUAAUUCAAAUGUACGCUAUGGGGCAGAGCUCAACGUUGCAAUUAAACAGUACAAGUGUGUCGUAUUCAACAUUUACGGCUUAAGGGACGGAUACACACUCGAAAGCUUACAGCCCAUGUGAAAAUAAAACAACUUUAACCGCACAUAUAACAGCAGUAAAACGAAUCGGAACAAUCCUGUUCGAGGCACGUGGAAAUAAUGCUGUGCAGUGCAGUUGCAAUCUCAAUGGGAAACAAAGUGCAUCCAAUAUCAGAUUGGUGAAAAUAAGGAUAUGAAAACGUACCUCAGUUUUUGCGUUACACUGCUAAUGGCAGCAUUCAUCCAUAGCGUUGCUGCAAGAAGCCCGAAAUGUAUUGCUAAGUUUGAUAAUGGAAUUGGUGCAGGUGUUCUGAGAGAAACGUUCACAAAAAAGUUAUACUGUGCAUAUCUGGGGAUUCCGUAUGCUCAACCGCCAAUAGGAGAACUACGCUUUGAGGAUCCAGUUCCACUGUAUUUCGACGCUUCGGUAACCUUCGAUAACGUGUCUCAUCCAUGCGUACAACAUACUAUUGCAUGGAAAAAACUCGGCAAUGAGGAUUGCCUGUAUCUGAAUGUGUAUACUCCGUAUGUUAGAGUGAGCAAAAGGCCACGCCCUUCGAUGCCGGUAUUGGUGUGGAUCCAUGGCGGCAGCUUUACCGAGGGCUCGUCGGAAACUGACAUCUUCGGAAGCGAGUUUAUAUUAGACGAGGAAGUCAUAAUGGUUACAUUCAAUUACCGUUUAUCAGCAUUGGGAUUUCUCGGGAUAGAAGAUUUAAACAUAGCAUCCAAUUUAGGACUCAAGGAUCAAAGUGAAGUUUUCCGGUGGGUUAAACGAAACAUCAGAAGCUUCGGUGGAGAUCCCAAGCGAGUUACUAUAGUGGGAUGGAGUUCCGGGUCUGCUGCUGCCACAUACCAUAUGUACGCCCACUCAUCGAAGAAACUAUUCAGCCAUGUGAUUGCUAUGAGUGGAACGAUGACUCAACCAUGGGCAUACAGUUUCCUCACUCAAUGGUGUAGUAACGAAUUUCUAAAAUACAUCGAUGUUACUAACAAAGAUGAACUGAAAAUGAAGCCAGCAGGCCUUAUAGUAUCCAAUGAUGGUCCUAAAUUCCACUAUUUUACACUAACUCAUUCAUGUUACAUGCCCAGCGCAGACAACGACUAUGCGAGAAGAAAUCCUUACGACGCCGUUCGAAUGAUGAGACCCAUCAACGAUGUACCCCUUAUGAUUGGAAGCACGGCGGUAGAGCACGAUAACUUAUACGACAGCCGAAAUUUCAGCAUGGAUCAAUUCAAUUAUCCAAAUAACAAUGUCACCAUCUACGAGCGCAUCAGAGAUUAUUUGGAGUACCGACGUGCGAAUCGUUCCGCGAGAAUCUUCUAUCGAAAGCUGGGCUCUUAUGCUGACUUCCAGUUUGGACUGCAAUAUUUUAUUGAGAAGGCGUCACAGCGAUUUAAGUCGCCCAUCUAUCGUUAUCGAUUCUCAUUUGACGGGCCAUUUGCCUAUGCCAAAAACGAGUAUUACCGAAACGAAAUCCAUCCAAUGUCUGGUGCCAUGCACGGUGACGAUCUCGGAUAUCUCUUCACACCAUACAACUAUCGGAAUGUAGUAACAUCAGGCAAAGUGAACGAGCCACUCGUAAAACAAUCACUUAAAGUCCUGCGCCGCAUGGUUCGCCUAUGGACAAACUUUGCCAAAUACGGAAAUCCAACGCCAGCCAAUAGCAAAAUACAUCAGACAACGUGGCCACCAUAUAAUGAUCUAAACCAACCCAGACAGUAUCUUAAUAUCGACCGGCAGCUUAGGGUGCAAAGGAAGGAUAUAUCCAAUAAAUACUAUUAUCAAAUGUGGAAAACUGUAUUUAACUGCUUGUACUAUUACAAAUGUGAAUUUUUGAAUAAAGCAUACAAUAAAUAUUAACAAGAAGAAAAAUUGAUUAUGAAAAA